AUGGGGGUGAGUGCUACUGGGCGGCAGUCAUUGAGGAAAGAUGGGUUGGAGUUUUUGGCGGAGUCUCAGGUGGUUGGUCCACAUCAGCCAAUAGUUGCAUUAGUUGAUGAUGAUGUUAUUUUACCGUGUCACGUGGAACCUGCAGAGGAUGUGACAGCUGAGAUAUUGGAGUGGACAAGAUCUGACUUGAACCCAAGAUUUGUCCAUGUGUGGCGAUCCGGUCAGGAUCUGUAUGUGUUUUUUCACCCACUAAGAACUUUUCUAAACUCUUCAUUUUACUCAGCAUCACAUGCUGCCAGGUCACUUCUCAUCAGUUUAUCGGGAAGUGGCGAAAAUAGAGGAGGAGUGGUUUUACAGUGUGAGUCUGCAGGCUGGUAUCCAGAGCCUGAGCUGCUGUGGUUGGACGGUGAGGGAAACCUCCUCUCUGCUGGACCUACAGAGACCCUCAGAGGUCCUGAUAACCUCUAUACUGUCAGCAGCAGAGUGACUGUGGAGAAGAGACACAGCAACAACAUCACCUGCAGAGUCCAACAGAGGAACACCAACCAGAGCAGAGAGACACACAUACAUGUUCCAGAUGAAUACUUCCAGCUCAACUCCAGUUCUGCUGCUCCCAUUAUCAUUGGUGUUGUUGUUAGUUUGGCUCUAAGCAUCAUCUUGAUUUUAAUUGUAGUUUUUUUCAUCUGGAGACGAAACAAAACAAAUGUCAGGAAACCUCACUGCUUACGAAAAAAACAAGAAACAACAAAAACUGAACCAGACCAAGAGCAGGAGACACUCAUGACACAGGACAUCGAGCCAUCUGGAGGCUCAUCAGCUCUCAAAAAACAUCAGCAACUGAUGGAGAAAAACAUGAAAGAGGAGGAAUCCAGUAAAACAGAGUUGGAGAAAAAACAGGAAGCUGAGGAGAAGCUGAAGGAGGAACAUCAUCACCUGCAGAAGAAACAUGCAGAGAUCAGCAACAUGAAGAAAGAAGAGGAAAACCAGGAAGCUGACAAGAUGUUGAAAGAUGAUAAAAAACAGGAAUUCCAGCAGGAGGCAAAACAACCAGAUAUCACAGGAGUGGAGAGGCCCCAGAAAACCCCAGAGCAUGAGACCCCCAAAAGGACAAACGCACGCACAUUUGUGGCCACGAAUCAGACAAGAGCAAAAGAGAGCGCUGGAUGGAGACACCCAGCAGGCACAGAGCAGAAGCCCCAGGAGUCUGCGGUUACGAGCUCACAGGCUCAGCCAGCAGCCGACUGCACCACAGCAUACCGACCUCUGAGCCCAGAGACCCAGGAUCCAAGGGCCUCCCACACCCCAACAGGGGCCCAUCAGAGCCAGGGGGGCCAAACCCGACCAAGCAGCUGCCAGGAGGAAAACCAGGAAGCUGACAAAAAGUUGAAGGAGGAUAAAAAACAGGAUUUCCAGCAGCAGGAGAAAAAACCACCCACUAAGGAAUUUUGGAAACAGUUUAACUCCAUUUAG